GGGCACGCGGCUCUUGUCUUCCCUCUCGCAAUUUGCCUUCAAGUUGGUGGUAGUUGCAGGCUGUCGUGCAGUUCAUACUUACCUUACAACAAGUCUCAUUAAAAGCAAUAACCAUGUACUCUGCAUCAAGAUUCACCUUAACUCUUGUCAGGGCAGCGGGAUGCACUGGAAGGGUGGCAGCAAGACCUAUCCAAAGCCAGACUUUAAUGACCAUGUCAAAGGCAGCAUCUGCAGGAGUUGUUUCCAGCAAUGGGGAGACCUCUCAGGCUGCUGGAAUGCAACUGGCACCAUUAGCUAAUCCAUUCCUUGCAAGGAAUUUUGGAACUACUGCCAUUUCCAGGGACAUUGAAUCUGCUGCCAAAUUUAUUGGUGCUGGAGCUGCCACUGUUGGAGCUGCAGGUAGUGGUGCAGGUAUUGGAACAGUCUUUGGUUCAUUGAUCAUUGGUUAUGCCAGAAAUCCAUCAUUGAAGCAGCAGCUCUUCUCUUAUGCCAUUCUGGGAUUUGCUCUUUCAGAGGCUAUGGGACUGUUCUGUCUUAUGAUGGCAUUCUUGAUCUUAUUCGCUCUUUAGACUGUUCAAAAUGUUGAAAAUAUAAUGUGUGUUAUGAUUCUUUGUCAUACAUCCAAGCCACUUCUUUACGAAAAUCCCAACCAUGCCCUUAAACUUGUGAGAUAUUGGUCUUAUGAAUGUUAACUUCCAAAAGUAAAAAAGUACUGUUCGUUUAUUCAGAAUUUCAUAUAGAAUUUUAAUGUGAAGAA